AUGGACCCCAAGGGCCCGAGCAGCACCUUUAAACGGUCCUCCCUGAAACGCAGCACAUCUGGCUCGCAGAAGGCUCAAAAAGCUUGGAUUGAGAGGAACUUUCACAAAAGAGAAUGUGUUCACAUCUUCCCCAGCAAGGACCCAACCAGAUGUGCCUGUGGUCAGCUAACCACACAGCACGCGGCCAUCCCUCCUGGUGCCAACUCAGUCGAAGAAUCGCACCAAUUGGUGCAGAUUGACACCCCAAAGGACAAAUGGAGUGUGGUCAAGCACACCAGGACCUACCCAACAGACGCCUUUGGCAUAAUCGAGUUCCAGGGUGGAGGAUUCAUCAACAAGGCCAUGUAUAUUCGAGUCACUUACGACACCAAGCCUGACAACCUCCUGCAUCUGAUGGUGAAGGACUGGCAGUUGGAGCUGCCCACUUUGCUCAUCUCUGUACACGGUGGUCUCCAGAACUUUGACCUUCAGCCCAAACUCAAGCAAGUGUUUGGCAAAGGCCUGAUAAAAGCUGCUGUCACCACCGGAGCGUGGAUUUUCACGGGCGGAGUCAACACAGGGGUGAUCCGACAUGUUGGAGAUGCCUUAAAGGACCAUUCCUCCAAGUCACGCGGAAAGGUGUGCGCAAUAGGAAUCGCACCGUGGGGGAUUUUGGAAAACAAAGAGGAUCUCAUAGGAAAAGAUGUGACCAGACCUUAUCAAACGAUGGGGAACCCACUAAGCAAGCUAGCUGUGCUCAACAACAGCCACUCCCACUUCAUCCUGACCGACAACGGCACCUGUGGAAAGUACGGCUCUGAGGUCAAACUCCGUCGACUGCUGGAGAAGCACAUCUCCCUUCAGAAGAUCAACACACGUUUGGGUCAGGGGGUUCCUCUGGUGUGCCUGAUAGUGGAAGGAGGUCCCAAUGUAAUCUCCAGUCUGGAGAGUUUGAGGGACGAUCCACCCAUCCCUGUGGUGGUGUGUGACGGCAGCGGCCGGGCUUCUGACAUCAUUUCGUUUGCACACAAGUUCUCAGAAGACGGAGGACUUGUUAAUGAUGACGUCAGAGAGCAACUUUUGGUGACUAUACAGAAGACUUUUAAUUAUAGCAAAAGCCAAUCUCAGCAGAUCCUGCUAAUGGUUAUGGAGUGUAUGAAGAAAAGGGAACUGAUCACAGUUUUUCGAAUGGGUUCUGAGGGACAACAAGAUAUUGAGAUGGCCAUUCUUACUGCCUUGUUAAAAGGCACAAAUGCUGCAGCAGCUGACCAGCUCAGCUUGGCUCUGGCCUGGAAUAGAGUGGAUAUUGCUCGAAAUCACAUCUUUGUUUAUGGUCACAAUUUACCACCUGCCGGUGCCAUGGCCAACACUACAAAUGCUGCAGCCACAGCAGAGAGGCAAAAGAGUCCUGCCAGCGCUCCUCGAAGCAAAGCUCGGGGAAAGAAGGGGAAAGGGAAGGGAAAGGCAAAGCCUGAACCUCCAGAGGAAACAGACCCCAGGAAAUUGGAGUUGAUUCGUUGGGUAAACUCUCUCGAACAGGCUAUGAUGGAUGCUCUGGUGCUAGAUAGGGUGGAUUUUGUCAAGCUGCUCCUUGAGAAUGGGGUCAACAUCCACCACUUUCUCACCAUCCCCAGAAUUGAGGAAUUAUACAACACGAAACUUGGCCCUGCUAAUAACCUGAAUGCAGUAGUGAGGGAUAUCAAAAAGGGAAACCUUCCUCCAGAUUAUCAGAUCACUUUGAUUGAUAUUGGUCUGGUGCUGGAGUGCUUCAUGGGUGGAGCUUACAGGAGUAAUUACACCAGGAAGGCUUUCCGCAACCUCUACAAUAAUUUGUACGGACUUAAAAGGCCAAAAGCUCUGAAGCUUCUAGGGAUGGAGGAUGAUGAACCUAGGCAAAAAGGCAAGAAGAAGCCAAAAAAGAAGAAAGAGGAGGAGGUGGAAAUUGAUGUGGAUGACCCAGAGGUCUGUCGAUUUAAACACCCCUUCCACGAGCUGAUGCUGUGGGCUGUGCUGAUGAAGCGCCAGAAGAUGGCGCUGUUCCUAUGGCAACGUGGAGAAGAAGCCAUGGCGAAGGCCCUGGUGGCCUGUAAAUUGUAUAAAGCUAUGGCCCAUGAGUGCUCUGAGAGCGAACUGGUGGAUGACAUCUCGCAAGACCUGGAGAACAACUCCAAAGAAUUUGGCCAGCUGGCGUAUGAGCUGUUGGACCAGUCGUACAAACAUGAUGAACAGGUGGCCAUGAAACUCUUGACUUAUGAGCUGGUCAACUGGAGUAACUCCACCUGUCUCAAGCUGGCUGUGGCCGCUAAGCAACGUGACUUCAUCGCCCACACCUGCAGCCAGAUGUUGCUCACUGACAUGUGGAUGGGUUGCUUAAGGAUCGGCAAAAAUCCCGGCCUUAAGGUUAUUCUGGGGAUCAUCUGUCCUCCUCUGAUUCUCCUGCUGGAUUUCCGUAUUGGAGAUGAUGCAUCCUAUAGUGCAACUGAAAACAAAGAAGAUGGAAAAGACAAGGAUGACGACACAAAAUCCAGCAGGGAUGCCAAUGAUGGGACUUCCCGAAAGGGGGAUGAGGAGGAGGGUAGCACUAAUGUUCGCAAAAUCCCGAUUGGCAAAAGGUUCUUUGAGUUUUAUGAUGCACCAUUCACCAAGUUCUGGUUCAACACUAUUUCCUAUCUGGGCUAUUUGAUGUUGUACAACUAUAUAAUCCUCGUGAAAAUGGAGCGAUGGCCUUCCAUACAAGAGUGGACUGUCAUUUCAUACAUCCUUACACUCGGCUCGGAAAAAGUCAGACAGAUUCUGAUGUCAGAGCCGGGGAAGUUGAAACAAAAGAUAAGUGUGUGGCUGGAGGAAUACUGGAACAUCACAGACAUGGUCGCCAUCAUUACCUUCCUUCUUGGGAUGAUGCUACGGCUGCAGCAUGAACCUUACUUGGGCUAUGGGAGAGUCAUCUACUGUAUAGACAUCAUCUUCUGGUACAUUCGUGUACUGGACAUCUUUGGAGUCAACAAAUACCUGGGACCCUAUGUGAUGAUGAUAGGGAAGAUGAUGAUAGACAUGAUGUACUUUGUGGUGAUUAUGCUGGUGGUCCUUAUGAGCUUCGGGGUGGCUAGGCAAGCUAUCCUUCACCCUGAUGAGGAGCCAACAUGGCGCCUGGCCAGAAACAUUUUCUACAUGCCCUAUUGGAUGAUCUAUGGAGAGGUUUUUGCGGACUCGAUAGACCUCUAUGCAAUGGAAAUAAACCCUCCAUGUGGUGAACAUCUAUAUGACGAGGAUGGGAAGAAACUGCCUCCAUGUAUCCCUGGGGCCUGGCUCACACCUGCUAUUAUGGCCUGUUACCUUCUGGUGGCAAAUAUUCUUCUGGUCAACUUGCUUAUUGCAGUGUUCAACAACACCUUCUUUGAAGUCAAGUCCAUUUCCAAUCAGGUGUGGAAGUUCCAGAGAUAUCAGCUGAUCAUGACAUUCCAUGACCGCCCAAUACUGCCUCCACCUCUCAUCAUCUUCAGCCACCUCUACAUCCUCUUCAACAGGCUGUUUCGGCGGUGUGCCAAGAAGAAACAAGAAGGAGAGCUGGAUGAGAAGGACCGAGGACUUAAGCUUAGGUUGAAUCCUGAAGAGCUAAAAAGUCUGUAUGAGUUUGAGGAACAAUGUGUCGAGGAAUAUUUCCGAGAGAAAGAGGAUGAGCAGCAGUCUUCCAGUGAUGAACGCAUCAAGGUUACAUCAGAAAGAGUUGAGAACAUGUCCAUGCGUCUGGAGGAGGUAAACGAGAGGGAGAACACGAUGAAGGCCUCCCUGCAGACAGUGGAUCUGCGCUUGGCCCAGCUGGAGGAGAUCCAUGGACGAAUGGCAGUGGCCCUGGAAAAGCUUGCGGGGGUAGACAGAUUGGAGCUGACCAGAACCUAUUCAAGAAACUCUUCCGUAUGUGACCCUUCCUCCCUUCUACGCCAGGGCAGCAUUAACAGUGCGGAUGGUUACAGUCUCUAUCGCUUUCACAUGGACAUCGAGGAGAUGGCGUCCAAGCAGAAGGAAGCAGAUGAUGCGAAUAAAGCUGUUCUAGAAAGAGAGAAAAGUCUGCGGCAAGCCUCCAGCGUUUGCGCUCUGAAUUCCAAGGAAGGUGGUCAGACCUUAGAGGUUGGUGGUUUGGAGAGAUCACGACCAAGCUCAUGCGUGGACAUCCUCAUAUCCCCAUGUGAACAAAAGCCUGUUUCUGCCUCAUCAAGUCAAGAGACCGUGAAACAAGGCAGCACAAUACUGCUAGACAGACUAACAGAUAAGAACAGACUAUGGCCUUCUUCUCCUCCAAAAAGGACUAAAUCCCUUAAAUACUAUCCAGCAGAAGAUCAACCCACCUCUCCUUUGACGAAGAGGAGGUCUAUGAGCACCAUCAUCAUCAGCCCACCUGAUGAGCCAGAGGAAGCAGUUGAACCCUCAGAGCAGAUCCUACUGCCAGAGAAAACCCCUUCCUCCCCAAAGAGGACUAAGUCAUUGAGAUACAUCCCAACUGAAAGCCAAACGUCACCUAUCACAAAGAAGAGAGCUAUGAGCAGCAUAAUCUACGACCCAGCAGAAGCAGGUGAUGAUGUGCUGCAAACUGCAGACUACAGGUCAUUAGUGGAGCAGGCCUCCAGAGCACCAAAUCAGUGGCCAACAAACUUGGAGUACCAGGUCCAUCCCAGCACCUUUGGUCACAUGCCUAAGGUGUCAACAGUCAGAACUCUUGCCCAGCAGUUUCAAGCUAGCACUGUGCCUGCAGAGCUGGAAAGGGACUUGAUUCAGGCUGAUCAAAUUCCUUUAGAAAGUAAAGAUACAGAACUGGUGGAGGAGCCAGCAAAGGUGAAGGCCAAAAGAAACCUUUCUGACACAACUCAGUAUCUGACUGUAGCCGAUGAGAAGUAUAAGCUAUCUCACAGGUCACAAAGCAUGAACGAGAGCGAGAGGAAAGCAAAGUACUUGACAGUUAGUAAGGGGGUAAGAGCCUCUCGCAGUGAGCAAGACCUUACUGAUGCCUGCGAAGGGGCAGGGGAGGAUGGGAAGAAAAAGGAGGCAGAGAAUAGAGAAGAUGAUGCACAGGAGAGGAAAUAAAUGCCACCGAGAGAGGGGAUUGAUGAGAGCAGAAAUAGAGGGAAAUAAAACAAUAAAUGAGGAAGAUGAACUAAAAGAUGAGGAACCAAAAGCAGAGAUCUGGGAAAUUCACAGCAUUGUACCAUAAGCCGGAAUUCCUGUUUGAUGCAAUAAUGACAAAAAAAAAAAAAGACUGACGUUAAUGAAAAGCAGAACAAGAAAAACAGA